ACGCGAACACUCAGCGAGCAACGACGCAUCGACAACAACAUCGGACAUAGUACCUAACAUAGUAACAUACAACAACAACAACUUUGAUUUAAUAAUUUUUUACCCAUAGACCCAUAGAUUAUAAUUUAUAGGAUUAUUGUUCUUUUAAUGGCUACGUCGAUCAUAUUAUUAUAGUCGUUACGAGUUGUGUGUCCGUUGUUGUAGCCGAUUGCGCGCCCUCGUCGAAAAACAAUUACAUUUCGAAUAAUAAUAUUGUGUGUCGUCCUUGCGCACGGUUGCGUCACACAUAUCAUUAUCCCAUUUCGGUUAGCGAACAGUUCUGUGUCCGGUGUCGCACACAACUGUCGUCGUCUGGCUUCCCACUGUGGCAACUAACGUAAAGAAACCCCAAAGACAAAAGUGAUAGGCACCAAACGCACGAUCGACGACGAGUGUCAAUUACUGUCCGUGCACAUUACCGAGUGGUACCACACACCUACCCAGAGAGCUUUUUUAAACACUUUAUGUUUGUCGAAAAAUGAACGUCGUUGUCUGAAACUUCUAAUUACGCAGUAAGCAGUUAAUAAUAUACUUGAUAAGCAAUGCCGCUCUUCUACAGUGUAGUAGCCAGGGGUAUGGUCGUACUAGCCAAGCAUGCCAACUACCAGGGAAAUUUCGGAGAAAUUCUGGAAGGAGUCUUAAUCCAAAUUGGACCUGAAAACAAAAAACAAAGUUUACUACAUGACCGUUACUUGUACCACUACAUUUGUGAAGAUCAAAUAGUUUAUAUGUGUAUCACAGAUGAUGAAUUCCAAAGAUCUAAAGCAUUUUUUUUCUUAAAUGAAAUAAAACGAAGAUUUCAAGCUACAUAUGGUCAUCGUGCAUCCAAUGCUAUUGCAUAUUCCAUGAAUUCUGAGUUUGCUCCAAUACUUGCUUCUGAAAUGAAACGAUUUUCUAGUCCAAAUGAAUUUGAUACAUUAUCAAAAGUACAUGGAGAACUAGAUGAAUUAAAAGACAUAAUGGUUCGAAAUAUUGACAGUGUAGCUCUUCGUGGAGAAAAACUUGAAUUGUUGGUUAAUAAAACUGAAAACUUAUGUUCACAAUCCAUGAAUUUCAGAGUUCAAAGUCGUACUCUACAGCGUUCAUUAUUCUGGAAAAAUGUCAAAAUAUAUGUUUUAUUUAUAGCUAUAGGAUUUGCUGUUAUUUAUUUCAUGACUGCUUUCUUCUGUGGAUCACUUGCUCUCAAUUGUAGUUAAUUUUUAUGAAGUUAUAAUAUUUAUUUUAUGUAUACUUAUGCCAAUACAAUGUCUCAAAUUUUAUAUUUACAAGAAAAUUUACAAUACCUAUGCUUAAAAUGUAUUUAUACUUAAUUAUUGUAAAAUGUAAUUAUUAUAGAUUUCUUUUGUUAUAUCUUUUUAGUCAAUUGUUAUAUACAUGUUAGACAUUGAAAUAUUGUGAUAAAAUAUACUAUUGUACAAUAAAUUAUUCCUCAACAAUUUUUACUAUAAACUAUAAACUUUUAAAUCACAAA